GCGUCACCGCAGGAGGUGGGAGAUCCUCGCCAUCAGGGUCACCCAUAGCAGCACCACACACUGGGGCAGGGCUGCCUGCGCCUGACAGACCACACCUAGUCACCGGUGGUUGGCUGCAAUACCCGCUGAUCACGUGAGUCUCCCGAGGCAGUAACAGGAAGAGUCACCGAGUGGGGAAGCGAGGACAGGCUGCGGGGACAGCGGAGUGGGCGAGACAGAGCAGGCACAACGGAGACCGGCAGGAUGAGCGCGGGCACAGUAGCACGGGGCACCUCACCCCUCCUGCUGCUGCUGGGGGCACUGCUGCUGCUGGGAGUGACAGCGGCCGCCACCGCAGAUCUCUGCGAAAAUCAGAAAACGUGUAGUGAUUGUUAUAAUGUAACAGACUGCCACUGGGUGAAAUCUUCAAAUAAUGAAACCGUACCUCCAUCAAACUGUACAUCUGAAUCCACUAAUGGCAGCUGUAUUGCCACAGGUGCAUCUACAGUAGCGCCAGUCACAGCUGCUCCAACAGCCAACACAACAAACCAUACGUCUACUGUUCCUGCGUCUACCUCAACCUCUGCUACAGCAAUCAACGCCACCACUAUAACUCCUGCAUCAUCCACUACGAAUAGUUUUACUUCCCCUUCAAACACAACAGCUGUGACUCCAACGUCGUCUCCGAAAAAAAAUACAUUUGAUGCUGCAAGCUUCAUUGGAGGAGUAGUCCUUGUGUUGGGUAUUCAAGCAGUGGUAUUCUUCUUGUACAAGUUCUGCAAGGCCAAGGACCGGAAUUACCAUACUCUUUAAGAGCUAUUGCUCCGGACUGUUUGCCAACAUCGCUCUACCCAAACAUAAACUUGAAGAUUUUUCAUGGGAGAGGAGCAGAAAGUCUUUUUCUUCCCCUCUACAAAUUGGAUGAAACCAGAUUUGUGCCAUAACAGACAAAAAGGAAGUUAUUACAGCUCUAUAAUGCUGUGGAUUGCAUGCAUCCCAUCUGCUUACUAGAAUACUUGAGACUGCUUUAACCCUGCUGCCUUCAUUACACCAGAUCUUGAAGGGAACAAAUGUUUUCAGGGUACUUCUGAGAAAUAGAGUAGUUUCAUGUAAGGUGCACUAUAUAGAGUUGAGGCCCUAUAGAACGUGGCUUUAGGUGAUUGAGCUAAUUGACAAACUGCUUAGGUAAGUGAUGUUGGGGCAGUAUAGUCUCCAGGUACUACAUAAAUUAUGGCUUAGCUGAAAUAUAUUUUUAUGUCCCUUUUCAAAUCUAUUGGUGUGUCUUUUACCUAAAAAUUGAUUAUAAAACAAAUCAAAAAGUUGAUUUUCCAAAGCCAGUUAUUUCCUUUCAGCAUCUUCUUAAGUGCACCUUAUUCCUAAAAAGAAGAUGAGGUUGGGAGAAUUGUGCCUUAAAGAAACUGAAAAUAUAAUUAGUGUUUAUUCAGUUAAUUUUAAUAUUACAUUGGUUGCCUUAAAGUUUUUUUUUUUUUUGUAAUUAACCAAAUACUUUUCCUUGUUAAACCCGCCCACCCCCCCACAAUGAAUCAUUGUCCAAAGUCAUUUUUUUCUGUUUCCAGGACAUAAUUUAAUUGUAUGAAGUUGAUUAACUGAAUAUAAUUCUCUAAGCAAAUGAGUUGUUAACAAAUCUUUUAGUUGUGGAUACAGGUAUAUAUUUUAUUCUCUGACCAUUGUAUUUCUGCAUUUGAAGGAGUUGGCAAUAACACACUUGGUUUAUGUGUUCAGAUUUUUGCUACAAUUAACUUUCUAUGGCUCAAGAUAAUAGUGAAAGCUAUAAACCAAAAAAUCUGAAACGUUCUGUAUGCUGAUAGGGGUAUGGAAGGCAGUGGGGAUUAUGCUUGUCUGAUGCCAGUAAGGUUUUCCCCCGUAAUGAAUGAGCUGCAAUGCCCAUACGAAUCAUUGAUAUUUGAUAUACUACGCAGGCACGCACACACACAACGUGUACACCCUUGGUGUAGAUUGGUAGACGAUGAAUGAGGCGUGUACUAAAGGGGGAUGUAAAUGUCCAGAUCUGCCAUAGGCUGCGCUUUUCUAAGUAUUGGGUUUAGCAAUAAACUGAAAUGACACUAAAACCUAAAAGAAUCCGAUUAAGAGGCUGAUAAUCAGGAAACUGCCCCCUGUGCAGAAUAUAUUAAACACCAGUAAUGGCUAUCUAAAGGUUUUUUUUAAAGUGAAUUCAACACUCCAAAAACUGUAUUAUUUUUUCUUUUUCUUCUUGAACAACCAAUAUGUUAAAUGCACUACAAAGCAAGAUGUUGCACCCAUAAGAAAAAGUAGCAAAUUCUAAGUGCCUUAGUAGUUCACAUUAAUUGUGUUCUCAGCUCCCAUCCAAGACAUGAUCAAAUUGGUAUAGCGAUCCUGAGCUUGUACGCUACACUCCGCAAUAUGUCAGUCCUGGGAAGAUGGUUAUUGCCAUUUUCCUUUUCUGAUUCGUUGUGACUUUAUUUAAAUAAAAAUAAAAGUGUUUAAAACCUCUUCAAGUACAGCCCAAUCGAAUAGAAACUGUUCUUAGAUUACUAUUGCCUGCAGUCUGGGUAGGGAUUAAAUACCAAAAGUGAACAGGGCGGGCAGUAAGUAAUCUACAGUGUACAGAAUUGUAUGUGGAAUGUACUAUGAAAUACUUGCGUUGCAUGAAUGGAGAUGAGCAUUUUGUUAUGUACCAGUUGUACCUGCGACUGCUGAUCAGGGAAUUCCCGGCCUCUGAUGAAACCAGUUGAUGUGCGAUCUAUAGUUUUAAUGUGGAUAGCACUAUGACAUUCUUGCCAACAGUAUGCCAUCAUAUAUUCAGACAGGACAGAUACUGACAUGUCACUUUGUUUGUAGAGUAUGUGCAGCUCCAUUCUUGCAUAAAACUGCUAUGCUUUGCAGACUCUUAACGUUUAAAGUGAACAAGUAAAAUAAAUAAAUAUGCCUUUGGUCCUGAAA